CACUGUCCCCCCGUCUUUUCCGACGGCUAUCAUUGCGAAUUCGCGGGGCUAGCCCGCAAGAGUCAUCGAGCGCUUUGUCUAACACUUCCUAGGACUAGCGUGGGGGCGAGCACCCCAGCUCAAAAGACGCUGGUCCUCACCGUACAAACGCGGGCACGCAACGUGUACACGACACCCUCAAUCUAGUUCUGUGUGCCUGCGAUCUUCCUUGUGGACCUGCACCUGCACGCUGCAUACGAAACCCCCAAUUUGAUCAUGGCUGACGCAACUCCGGCGUCGUCCGAAUUCGAGCUCGAAGACCGUGGCGAGGAACUUGCGCAGCAAUUGCCGCCUGUGGAUGGCGGGAAAGAUGCAUGGCUAUUUCUAGCUGCCUCGUUCGUGAUUGAGGCCCUGGUCUGGGGUUUCCCCUUCUCAUUCGGCGUUUUCCAGGACUACUAUUCAACUCAUGAGCCGUUUGCGGGGAGUGGCAAUAUUGCCGUAAUCGGCACAUGCGCGAUGGGCAUCAUGUAUCUGGAUCUGGUCAUGGUCUUCUCGCUACUGAAAAUGUGGCCGAGUUAUCAGCGCUGGGCAACAUCCUGCGGAUUGUUCGUUAUGUGUCUCGCAUUAGCACUGAGCUCGCUGUCGAAUAACACAGGGGAGCUCAUCGUCUCACAAGGCGUCAUCUAUGCCAUUGGUGGCAGCUUCACCUAUUCGCCAUGCAUUUUGUACAUGGACGAGUGGUUCCAUAAGCGCAAGGGCCUCGCGUAUGGAAUCAUGUGGGCAGGCACUGGCCUUGCGGGCGUCAUCCUUCCUCUUGUCAUGGAAUGGAUGCUGCGCGAUUACGGCUUCCGCACGACCCUCCGCGUGUGGGCAAUUUGCCUCUUCGUACUUACCGCGCCUCUGCUCUACUUCGUCAAGCCCAGAAUCCCGAUCGCCCCAAAGCAACGAGCGCGCAAGAUCGAUUUCUCGUUCCUCAAGACGUCGACCUUCACGAUUCAUCAGGCGUGCAACACGAUCGAGGCCCUCGGGUUCUUCCUCCCCUCAAUCUACCUGCCCACCUAUGCGCGUAGCAUUGGGGCGUCGGGCACGCUGAGUGCACUGACCGUCAUCCUCUUCAACGUGGCUUCGGUUUUUGGCUGCGUCGCCAUGGGGUCCAUCGUCGACAAGUGGCAUGUGACCACAUGCAUCCUCAUCUCGACCAUCGGAACUACCAUCUCUGUCUUCAUCGUCUGGGGCUUCUCCAUGUCCCUUGCACCUCUCUACGUCUUUUGUCUCAUCUAUGGCUUCUUCGCUGGCAGCUUCACGAGCGCAUGGCCCGGCAUCAUGCGCGAUGUGACGAAGAAGAGACAGACGGCUGAUCCCAGCAUUGUGUUUGCUUGCCUGGCUGCCGGAAGAGGCAUCGGCAACGUGGCGAGCGGACCACUAAGCGAGGUGUUAAUCCGAGGUCUGCCAUGGAAGGAUAGCGUGGGCUUUGCGUACGGAAGCGGAUAUGGAACGUUGAUUGUGUUCACGGGGGUUACAGCCCUCCUGGGUGGCUCAAGUAUUCUGGGGAAACGGGUGGGCUGGGUGUAGAGCAUACUGCCACUAUGCUGUACUAACAAGUUUUCGGGAGGCGAUGGUUCAUGUGGCCCAAAUUAGACUGCAUCAGCUCACGCUGUGAAUAUAGACUUGACGAAAGUUUUUCUACGCCUUACAACUUGCACUACUGGCUAUGCGCUACUUUUUGGGACACUUGCGCGGCGAAAUGCAGCUCUGUAGCAAUUCUGUAGAUCUCG